AUGCUUUCCAUAUUGAGAAAAGCAAGGUUGAAGGACAAGGAACUGAGAGUCUUGAUGCUCGGACUGGACAAUGCGGGCAAGACGACCAUAGUCAAGAGGAUCAUGGGGGAGGAUGUGAACACGGUCAGCCCAACUCUGGGCUUCAUCAUCAAGACCAUCGACUAUGAGGGGUACAAGUUGAACAUAUGGGACGUCGGAGGCCAGAAGACGCUCAGGUCUUACUGGAGAAACUACUUCGAGAAGACAGAUGCCCUCAUCUGGGUGGUUGAUGCCACAGACAGGCUGAGAAUCGAAGACUGCAGGACAGAACUGCAUGGAUUGUUACAGGAGGAGAGAUUAUCUGGAGCAACUCUUCUUGUGUUCGCCAACAAGACAGACGUUCAGGGGUGCAUGACGGGAGAGGAGAUGGAGGAGGCCCUGAGGCUUAGGCACAUCCAGACACACCAGUGGAGGAUAUUGCGGUGUAGCGCCAUGACGGGGGAGAAUCUAAAGGAGGGCUUAGCGUGGGUCGUCGAGGACGCAAAGGCGAGGUUAUUUCUCUAUUGA